GCCUACUUAUUCAGUUAUCUGCAAUAAUCAUACAUGGAUUGAAAUUAUUACAUAUUGUUAUGUAACCAAGACAACGAUUGAUUUCGUCAUGUCCGAUUUCGGACUAUUAAUUUAAAAUCGAUAAAUAGGAGGAUGCACUGUGGUUUGGGUUUAUUAGUUACCUCUACACUCCAGUUCUGUUGCUCUGCAAAACGUCAAAAAAAAGUACACAUCAACUAACACCAACUCACAAGUUUUCAUUUUCGUUGAGCAGAUUCAUUAGUUGAAUCUAUCGACCAGUUGUAUCACAAAAUGAAAUGAAGCUGAAAACCUGCGCUUUUACUACACUGAGAGAGUAAAAGGAAAGAAGCUGCCUUCAAUUCUAUCCUCAACACAUACAGAGUGAUGGAUGAUAAUUUACGAAAACCUGUAGUGAAAAUUUUAAAUUUUUAAUUAGGAUCCAUAUCAAAAAGCGUGAGUUUGUGAAUUUUUCAUUAAGCAAUGGAUAUGAUACCGACAACUGACCUGAAUUCCAAUCACUCGGAAUCAGAGGAUCGACAUUUCAGUAUAGAAUUGAAUAAUAAUCCACAAAACAACGAAAAUGGAACUAAAUUAAGUAAAACGGAAAAUAUAAUCACCGGAAAAGAAAACUCAAAUUCAUUAGAAGACGACAAAGUUAAUGAAAGUGAUUUACGUAGCGAAAUGAAAGGAAAAAAGAGUGCCGAGAUUAGUAACCGUCCCCUAGCAAAAGCAAGACCUUUGUCUACAAAAAGUAACCGUAGUACUGAUUCCAAAGAUAAAGGCAAAAGAAGAGGACCGAGUCAUCUCUUGAAAGGUAAACUCUUGGACAAACGAAGAAGCAGUUCAUCUGAUCUUGUCAAAGGAAAAGGGCCGACACUGUCAAAAAAGCUUGUAAAAAAGCAAGAGAUAUCCAGACAGUCUGGAGUAGCUGGAGGAUCAACCCAAGACAACGAGCAAACAGGCUCAAAGCUAAGUAUAACAGAGGAACCUGUAAAACCAAAGGACAAUGGUGGUAGACCGGACAGUUCAAAGAGUAAAAUGACGGGAAAUGGACAUAUUAAUAUAGAUAGUGCCAACCAAACAGACAAAAUAAAAGCUCUGUCUCACGAUAAUAAAACAAAACCCACUGGAAUUAAAAAGACGUGGCAGAGAUUUAAAUCUGAGAAAGUGAAAGAAAAACAGUUAAUUUCUUCACAAGGAAAUGGGUCAUUACCAAAAGACGCACAAUCUUCAAAUGUUGGAGACAACAGUGUAGAGAAACAAAUACUGGAAGAAACGAUAACAAAACCUGCUGCAAUUCUAACAAAAAACACCUCGAACGAAAAACCAAAAGAUAUCUCAGAUAUCAAGGAAUCGUUUACAUCAGAUUUAAAUCAAGUGUCAACGAACGAAGGCGAAUGUUCCAACUCGGCCACAGAGCACGCUGUUCAGUAUGCAAACCAUUCUAAAGAUCCCGAAGAUGAAAAGACAAAAUCAGUGGUGUCUAAUUCCGACUCAUGGAUUCAAUCUGCCAUACCGUAUCUUCCAUUAGGAUUAUCAGCGAUUUGCUUAUUGAUGAAUAUCAUCAUACCUGGUUCAGGGACGGUAUUGAGUGGAUUUUCCAUCCUCUUUUGUGGCGAGACAAGGAUACAAGCAAAAGAAGACCAAAAGACUGUGACGCUUUGCGUCAACGUGUGGGUGGGCGUGUCCCAGCUGUUCACCGUCACCUUCCUGUUUGUGGGGUGGUUCUGGAGUCUGGCCUGGGGCAUCAAACUCGUCACGCUCUCAGUGGAAUACAAACGGCAAUUAAAACAGAAGAGGGAAAGGGAAUUACAAGUCAUUGCUUUGAAAGCUUUUGGAUCAUCCAUGCAAGUACGUCCAAUGUUUUCCGUAGUUACCGAGUGAUCAAAAACAGUGGAAUGAUGGCGACUGAAGUUCGGAGCUUGAAAUAACCAAACAGUUAUAUGUUAUCUGUGAUCCAAUGAUAUAUUAAACAAUUACAAAAUCACAGAAUGCAUGUCAUCAUAAACGAUAUAAAGGGUUAGACCAAAAAAUAUCAUAUUGCCGUUUCUUCUUGUUUAAAUAUUGACACAGUCGAUAAAUUUAGAAUACCAAUUGGUUAUUGCGUUAUUUGUUUGGUUUUUUUUUCUUGAAACACUUCUCUUGAUAUUGAUUAACAUGAAUGUAUAAAAAAUAAUUUUUAAUCCCAUAUGCUUAUUUUUCUAUUUACCUUACAUUUUAUGAAUACUUUACUACAAUGACUUGGAUGCUUUAUCGCCUAUAUUUAUAAUUCAACCCAAAAAAUGGACU